GAACACCUGCAGCACUCCGGUUACAGAAGAACAAGGAAAUGGAAAAUGAGCAAAUGAUCAACACAAGGCUAACUGUGUGCUGACGACAACCUCUGCCAUGGGGAGCCAUGUAACCAAAACACUGGACAAAUGGGGAAUAAAUCCAAGAAAACUUUCACAGAAACGGGCAAAAGGAAAAGCAGCUCCACCUUCAGUUCCUUCCCAUCAGCAGGCCCAUGUUGACAUCCAUGUAUAUGACUGCGUGACAUCUGAACCACAGUAUGCCCAGGUCAAUAAAAAACGAAAACCAAACGAGGAUGGUUUACAUUAUGCAGACGUUCAAGUCCUGCAGUCUGAAAAUGUGGCCGGCAGAGAAAACAGACAGAUUUCAAGUGUUCAAAACACACAGUAUGCAACUAUAGACUUUACAACUCCUGCAAAAACACAGACAUCAGCAGAACCUGCAGAUUUAUUCAUCCCACCUGGAGAACUACCGAGACCAAGGAUGUCCCAGAAGAAGAACGUCCAUUCAAAGCGAGCAUGAUGGCAUUUUUAAAAAUGUUUUUAAAUGAAAAUACUCUUUUAUAUUGUGCCCUUGAGAAAAUAAAUGUGUGAUUUAUAUUUUGUAUGUCAUGUUUAAAAAGUUUACUGUCUUUUAACAAAAAAAAGUGCUAUAAAGAAGUUUGUUUUGAUUUCAUUUGUACUAUUGUUCUUUUACUAAAUCAAAUUUUGAAGUAUUUUUGUCCUUUGGUAUAUAUUUACUGUAUAGUGGUUCAUUAAUAGAAAAUAAUUAUAACAUUA